AUGGGCUCUGCCUCGCGAAACCUGUCCUUGAUUCUGGGAGGAUGCAACUCGCUUGCCUAUUUGGCGGGGUCAAUCAUUCCUCUCUGGAGCAUGGAUCGGUUAGAUCGUCGAUCUCCCCUCAUGAUCUCCGCCGCUGGCCUCUGUAUGUGCUUCGUUCUGGCAGCCGCUCUCUUGUCGGUUGGCACCAAGCCAUGCGCAUAUGCAGCAACCGUCUUUGUGUUCAUCUUCCGGCUCUUCUUGGGCAUUGGAUAUCUACCUGUGCCAUGGUUUUACCCGAGUGAAGUCACAACUACCCGUAUUCGUGCUCGAGGCCAGGCCUUUGCUGGCUUUGUCAACUGGUUGUGUGUCUUCAUUGAGGUGCAAAUCACGCCCACGGCGAUUCAUAAUAUCGAGUGGAGAACCUUCAUUAUUUUCGCUUGCUUCUGUUUUGCAUGGAUUCCUAUGGCGUAUUUCUUCUUCCCCGAGACUAAAGGACUGGAGCUGGAAGAUGUUGACUAUCUCUUUCAGAAAGGAGGCAUUACAGGAGGCGUCUUCGAGUCCAGGGGUUACCCGGUCCAACCUGGCCACCACUGCACAGUCAAUACUGACCCAAUUGAGAAGCCAAUCGGUGUGGAGAUUGGAAAUGUUCAUGGGGCUGAAAAUAAUGUCUAG